GCAUGAUGUCAUUCAUCAGCACACACUCACACAUAGAACAGGUCGCCAGUCGACCCGCGCGCUGUUUACAUUUCUAUAGCAAAUUAUAUCUUCCUUCCCGUGUGUGACUUCACGACAACUGUGUAGACUGUGAUUAAAAUUAUUAUAUUUAUUGUACAAAAUAGUUUUUAGUUACAAAAUGGCAAACAACAGAGCAGCGAAAUCUGGAUUUGCCGCCGAGGCUCAAAGAAAGAUUAACAGCAAGUACAGUGAAGAAUUAGCGGAGGAAUGCUUAGAAUGGAUCAAAGUGAUCACCGGCGAAAAUAUCGACACGUCCGGGGACAUGGACAACUUCUAUGAGAUACUUAAAGAUGGCACUCUUCUUUGCAAAUUGGCGAACCACAUAAAACCUGGCCAGGUGAAGAAAAUCAACGAAUCUAAAAUGGCGUUCAAAUGUAUGGAGAACAUUAACGCGUUCCUUGAAGCCGCCAAAAUAUUCGGCGUACCCGCGCAGGAAACCUUCCAGACCGUUGAUCUGUGGGAAAGGCAGAACCUCAACUCCGUAGUUAUCUGCUUACAGUCGCUUGGUAGAAAAGCCCAUAACUAUGGUAUGCCAUCAAUAGGACCCAAGGAAGCGGAGAAGAACGUUCGCAACUUCACUGAAGAACAGCUCCGGGCAGGUCAAGGUGUUAUUUCGCUUCAAUACGGCUCCAACAAAGGCGCCACUCAGAGCGGAAUCAACUUUGGCAACACUAGACAUAUGUAAAUGUACUGUAAUCUGUGCAUUACCAACUUGACCACAGAUAUUACAAUGGCGCCAACUGCCACAGUCAAUAAAUGUUCAAUGGUUCAAGCCAUAGUAGAUGUAACAAAAGUACUUAGAUUCAAAGUACUAUUAGCAAAAUAUUAUCUAAACAUUCCAUAAAUAAUUUUGGACUUAAUACAAAGCAUAAAGCUUCCAAAAUCCUUUACUCUGAAGAUUUGUUUGACACCCGUUAAAAUCAUUUUAAUGCAUUAUAUUUUUCUGCUCUUUUUUUAAUAUUUUGCUGAUGGUACAAUUUAAUUGUAUUAAGGACUAUUUUACAAAGAUUUGUAGAAUCUCUAACAAUUUUCUCUUAAAUGCUUUUUAUAAUUCAUUCCGACGAGUCAUUCCAUGCGAUUUUUUAAUUCUUAAAGUAUAAACUUUUCCAAAUUACUACCUUAUUAAUAUUAGUAGCUAUUUUCGUAAGCUAGCAUUUUUUCUUUAAGAUUUUUAUAAACCUGUCAAUAUUUAAGUGCCAAUCUAUACUUUGCUAAUUCCAUUUAUGAAAAAUAAUGUGCCUUCUUAAAACCCAUAGGGUUUUUUUAUUGUGAAGGGUGACGUAAUAGUUUACAAAACUAUCGAAAGACUUAUAAGAGUCGUAUAAGAUUUAAUAUUCAUUCCAAUUUAUAUUUAUUGUUACUCUGUGAUUAACCGUUAAAAAUCCUCUAUUCUUGUAGCUAUAAUUAUUAUUAUGUAUAUUUUUAUGAUUUUUGUAAGUUUCAUCAAGUGUAAAAACUUUAUGAAAGUACGUAGAAAUAAAGUAUCU